AUGUCCCGCGCUGUUGGUGUUUCCCGUGUUCUCUCAAGACGAUUCUUGACGUACGAGACGACCAAGACCCACAAGGAUCACUCCGCCACUCGAAAGUUCCUCCUCAACAAAUUAUUCGGCCAGGGAAAACUAUCUGAGAAGCAAUACUUCGCCAACGAGUACAAAAGAAGCUGCAUGUGGUCGACUGGUCUUUGGCUCUUGUGGUCGAUGUGGAUCUUUAACGAUAAGUGGGAUUCCGUUUCUUUCCUGGUGAAGUCGAACAAGACUCCCCAGAUGUAUCCCGCUGUUCCUGUGAAAGAGUUGCACUGGACCCCAUUCGGCUGGGGCUUCUGGGGCUAA